CUGCGAGAGAGAGAGAGAGAACGAGAGCGUAACUUCAUGUGAGACGGGGGGGAGGUGAACACAAGGAGGACCUGAAAAAGGGCUGUACAACUAGCCAUCACAUACACACCGAAGCACUUGGGAGUACAGGAAUUCGCAGAUCACUGACUCCUUGGAUCCUGGCAGCACCGGAAGCUCAUCCAUUGGCCUUUCAUUUCUCUGACACAACUAGAGGUUUAGACAUUAAGCCCUGUCUGGGUAUGUCAUACCUGCUCGAGGAGACUCUCACAAGCAAAUAAACUUUAUGUCAGCUCUGAUGGUGGGUUAAAGAUCAUAUCGCUUGGCUUAAGCUACCCAGAGAGAUUUAAUCAGUAAUGCAAGGAUAAAGAAGGAAAACUACAGAAACCAUCUGUUUAGAAUACAAAAAUAUGGAUUGAGCCUUGUUUGAAAGUAAAGUGAUUACAAUAGCCACAGUCAGAAUGUUUGGACGACCUUUCAGCUGAAUGUGUUUUUCAUGUGCUAAUGAAUCGACAGGAAAGCACCAAGCUUUGCCCUUCUUCUUGACAUUGUUGAAACGUUUUAAAAGCAGGGGCUACGCGUGCCUUUAAAGAAACAGUCCGUCUCGGAGGGGAUUGCGAUAAACUCAAGGGACGUGUUCUGGUGACUGACUCAAAACGAAAGACAAAUAUCUGGAUAAGAGAUCGAAACCAGACUCAAAUAGAACAGUGGAUAGUCUUCCAUCCUUUGCCGCAUUUGCAAAAGAGCAAGUUGUGAAAUUUUCUUGGCACUUUUCCAUGGGAACUGGUCCAGGGUGCAUUGAGAAGUACCUCCAGGGAGGUCUUGUUAGAGUUUGAAUAAUAUUGCGUGGAUUGAAAGCAAAAGUGUAUUCCUCAGCUCAUCUCCGAAGGAUUACCGUGAAGAAAAACGUCCAGCAAAAUGUAGAGCUUGAUCCUGCUUUUGAUCCUUGGUUCUUCACAAUUUGGGAAGCAUAAAACAGCAAGGGGAUUCCAAAACCACCUCAUAAAAAGGCAAACUUACGCCCCAGCUGAGAAAAAGAAAGCUUUUGUCACACCCAGACAAGAGUGCCGGUUAAGAGGGUGCAAAGCGAAAGAACAGCGUCUUACACGAGGACAGAGCUGGAGAUGGAGUGCAAGCAUGAGCCUGCAAGAAGAGGGGACAGCUGGGGAGGGCCUACCACUACAACAUCCUCUAUCCUCGACAAGACUGGAGCAAAGACAUCCCUGGAGAGGCAGAGUACUAACAUCUUGGAGAAAGAUGACCACUGUGGGGUCAAAGCAAAGCCAGGCUUGAAGUCUUGCCAGAUGGAGCGGAAAACAAACCUCAGCAGAAGUGCCAGUUUGUCAGAGAAGGAGCUGAAAGAGGCACGUACCAAGAGUCAGAUCAUUGCUGCUCAGCUCCAGGCCAAUUCCAACUCUAAAGGCGUACAACUUUUCAACCGUCGCAGACAGAGAGUGAACGCUUUCACACUCGUGAGUGUUGGAGGAGGGGGAGCCGAGGCAUCUGAGAAUGUAAUUGAUUUAUCUUCUGAAAGUCCACAGACAUGGGUCAAACAGCCUUCGACUGAGGACCACCAUACAGAGUUGAAUCACAGGAACCUCAAGACAGGUCUGACGUGGUCGGCUGGCAGAAUCCAUAGUACUGGUUGUGACAUGGAAGAUGCUAGCAAGGUUACGCGGGAGGAUUUAGCAGAGGAAAGUGGCCUAGAAAGACACUUUCUACCCGUCAAUGAGAAGGAUGAAGAGCUCUCAGAAGACCUUAAAGAGGAUGUCAAGGAUGAGGUUACUCUUAGAAGUGACAAUACCCUUAGAACUGGUCAGGAUGAAGCUGAAUCCAAUGGAGCGUACAAUAAAGAAAUUGCGAAUGGAUACAGUUUGCAGUGCAAUGGAAAAGCAGCCAAGACGGUGACUAAACCACCCACGAUCAUAAACAGAACAGCUCGGCCAUUUUUCUCCCCGACAACAGUUGGAUCCUCUGAAGCUACAAGUCCAGUCAUGGAACUCCCUCCAAUCCCAUCCCAUGACUCCUCAACACACUUUGAACCACAGCCUUCAACUUACCAAAAGCACGCAAGACCUGUUUUCUCUCCACCACCACCUCCACCUUCUUAUCCAACUCCUCCUCUCCCCAGCUACUCCAACCCUCCUCCACCUGACACAGCCUAUGCUCCCUCACCCCAACCUUCUUCCUACUGCAUCCGCCCAUCUGCCCCCAGGCCUUCAUUUGUCCCUGAAAUCUUGAGCAAGCAGAGAUCCUCAACGCCUAUCAAAACGGGUAUACUCGAUGAGGGCCGGUCUCGCCGAGCAACCCGAAAGUCAAUGUUCACAUUUCAGGAGAAGCCAAAAGUGGCUCCGAAUCCUGAACUCCUGUCCUUGGUGCAGGGUGCAGAUGAAAAGAAGAAACCGAAACCCCAGCCAGAUGCAGCACAAGAGGAGGAGCUGCUAGCUCUUGGGGCCGAAGCCUCAAACUUCCUGGCCAAGGAGGACGUUCACGAGGAAGCUUUGGUGCCACAGUGGGCCUCGAGUUUGAAAAGCUCCAGGACACGUGACAGGACGGAGCACAAGCCUGAGCAAGCCCUGACCAAUGCUUCAGGAAAAGGAGCUGAACUGUUUGCCAAACGCCAGUCGAGAAUGGAAAGGUACGUCCAUGACAGCAAGGAGCUGAGAUCUCCUUCUCCUACCACGUCCUUGCCUCCUUCGUGGGUGUAUCCAUCCAACAUGCCCGGUCGAGUAAAGGCCAUGGUGAACACCUCUAAUAUCAGUGUGCAGAUUUCAAAAACACUUCAAGCUCAGCAGGCCACACAGAAAAAGACUAUCCCUGCCAAAACGGCAGGACCCGCUCCGCCUCCACCGCCAGAGAUACCCUUGGAGAACGGUUGCACUAAAAUCGAGAUGGAGCUGUCAAGACAUCAGCCGUACCAGCUCAACUCAUCCCUCUUCAUCUUCAACCCAACGAAAGAUCCCUACAGCACUCUUCCCAGAGCCGCCCCAGCUCCUAAACCUGUCAUCACAGCCCACUCCUACUCCAGACAAUCAUCCCUCCCAACAAGCCCAUUGCCAUCCCCGUACAGCCCGUCUGCUGCCUAUCGGUCAGCCCAUUGCUUUUCGCCUCCCAUGACGCCUCUCAGUCCCAUCACAGCAGGCAGCGUCAGUUCCCCAGUGUCUCCUUUAGCUCCAGGACGUGUGGCUUCACCUCGCUCUGGCGUCCAAGCUCCACGUCCUACGUUCUCCGCCAAAAAAGCUGGUAUCGCCCCGCAGAUUAAGGAGGAGACCCCGGCACCAGUUACUAGCUCCGGCUCCACCACCCCAACCUCCAGGACGCCCAACCUCACUCGACGCUUCACCAGCCCUGAGGUGCUUUCCGCUGCUGUCUGGUCCCCCAGCGGCCCUCCAGUGACCUCUACAUCCUCCAGCCCCAUCUACAAACCCACACCAAUCUCCCCCUCGCCCCGACCCAUCCAUCGGCCCGUCGCGACAUGCCCUUCCCCAAGACCCAUCCACAGACCCAUUGCAACCACUCCAGGUACCAUCUUCAAGCCGACCGCCACCUCUCCUGUGUCUCCACCCUGGGAAACCAGGUGCGAGUCCCCGGCCGCCAUCCAGGACACCAAAGCCAACCAUCGCAUUUUGGCCAAAAACAUCAUCAAUGCGGCCAAGCGGAAAAACAGUCCGUCUCCCAGGUCGCUGAGCGGGCGCAGUCUGCCCAUCUCCCCGGUGAACGGCGGGAUCUCGCCUUAUGAACACAAGCCCGCUAGUCCCUUUCAGCCACGGAUGCUGGGGGCUCAGUCGCCCACCCUUACCAGUCCAUCGCCCACCCGCAUGAUCCACUCUCCGGUGCGUUUGUACAACACCCGCUCGCUGACCGACUCCGACGCCUCAGUCGAGUCAGAGGAUUCAGGCCUGCGCUCUCCAGGAGUGCGCAGCUACAACACCUGCCCCCGUGGCUGGACCGGCGGUCUGCAGGUGAAGAGGGGAGGCCUGCCUGAAGAUCUGUAGAAGCACUUAAGGAUGAUUAAUACUGCAGCCUGAUUUCAUGGUAGACCAAAGUGUCCCUUAUAUAUUGAAUGUAAAAAUACAGCAUUGUGGAUUUGCAGUACAUGGCUAAACAUUGCAUACAGUACUCAUGUUGACUGUGUGGUGGAAUCUUUGCAAGAUAUGAAAUACACUAUCCUUCAAAUGUUUAAAGCUACACUGUGUGAUUUUUACCCCCAUCUAGCAGUGAAAAGAUAUAUGACCAUCCAGUGAAUAUUAGUUU